AAAACUGUUCGACGCUCUCUUGAUCAUAAAUCGGGUGUCUCUGCAGUCGACGUCUCAAAUGAUUGCCGUUUGCUCGCAUCCGGCGAUUUCUGCGGCACGGUUCACAUUUGGGAUUUGGAACAAGGAGUCAAAACCAAGGAAUUGGCAGGUGACGGCUAUAUAUACGAAGUCAAGAUAUCUCCAGACAGCUGUUUUGCAGCCGCGACUUGCGACGAUGGCUAUGCUUAUAUCUGGAACUUGAAGACGGGGGACUCUGAUGCCAAAUUCCACCACGGGAAAAGGGUCAGGUCAGUAGCUCUCUCUUCGGAUGGCAAGUUCUUGGUUACUGGAGGAGAUUCCGGCUUCAAAGUAUGGGAUCGAGACACUGGCGCGUGCCGUUCAUACUCUGAAGCUCCUGGAUCUGCGUUGACUGCAUUGUCAAUGACGCCGGACGACAGGUGGAUUGUAACCGCCUCCAACCGCGGGUCAAUCCGGUUCUGGGAUCGGACAACGGGGAAGAGUCACUGCAUAGUGGAUGCACACAAGCAAACGAUUUACUCAAUGGCGUUCAAACCGCGAGGUGGCUAUUUUGCGACAGUUUCCGGGGACGAGACGGUGCGCAUAUCGUCAUACGGCCCGCGCAGCUAG